AUGGACAAUACUAAUGAUUAUAACGACUGGCAUCCCAGCCAGCCUAAAUUCUAUACGACCAGUCAGUGCGUUUACAGGAAACGUGCAGGGGCCAACUGGAAUUGGUAUACAGCUACUUGUUCGGAUAAAAAAUACUACAUAUGCCAAACAGAAGCAGCCACUACCUGUAACAAUGCCCCUGUCGACGAUACCAAGGGAGCCGAAUCAGAGGACGAACACCAUGUCGCCGCGAUUGAUGCUACGGAUUACAACGUUGUUAAUGGAAACGACUUGAUAGAUGUCGCGUGUGGUGCUCUUUCAACGCCAGAACCCACUACCACAACAACGCCAGAACCCACUACCACAUCAACGCCAGAACCCACUACCACAACAACGCCAGAACCCACUACCACAACAACGCCAGAACCCACUACCACAACAACGCCAGAACCCACUCCAACAUCAACGCCAGAACUCACUACCACAUCAACGCUAGAACCCACCACCACAUCAACGCCAGAACCCACUACCACAUCAACGCCAGAACCCACUACCGCAACAACGCCAGAACCCACUACCACAACAACGCCAGAACCCACUACCACAUCAACGCCAGAACCCACUACCACAUCAACGCCAGAACCCACUACCACAACAACGCCAGAACCCACUACCACAACAACGCCAGAACCCACUACCACAUCAACGCCAGAACCCACUACCACAUCAACGCCAGAACCCACUACCACAACAACGCCAGAACCCACUACCACAUCAACGCCAGAACCCACUCCCACAACAACGCCAGAACCCACUACCACAUCAGCGCCAGAACCCACUACCACACAAACAAAUUCAAACGUCAGUACUAUGUGUCAUUGUGUUUGUAUCCUUCAACCUAAUUCUACUUCAAAAGACGAUAUCGUCAACAAAAUAGCUGCCCUUAGGUCGGAAUUGAUAGUCAGCAAAUCCACUUUGAGUAAAACCAAACGGAGCCUGACCUGUGCUUAUGACAGCCGGAUUUCAUCGGUGAGCAUUGGAACCGUAACAUCAAUAUUUCUUGCUGUAUGCCUUGGAGCAGUCAUUGUUACCGAUUUACAUUCCGUCUGUGUUGCACUUAGAUUGAAUAUAAAGAAAAAGGAAGGACAGAGGUGGCAAUAUCCCAACUAUUUAAAUGCAAAAAGUAAGUCUAGUGUUGUUAUGGUAUGA